AUGGCGAAAACUUGGCUAAGACUGCAGCUUAAAAGUCUCGUUAGAUUUUCAUUGGAAUAUAGAAUUUUUCCAUUGUGUGACAUUAUCAAUAUACCGUCAGGAAAUAAGUUGAAGACCAAAUUUAGGCGCUUUUCAGCGUUUUCAAACUUUUUCCUUGAUAGAAACCUCGCAUAUGAGCCAUCCCUGACUUGCCAUCAAUGUAGCUCACAUAAAAGCAUAACUAAGCCAGAAACCAUCAUAGGCAAGGAAUCCUGAUUGAUUGUCAUAUCUCCUGUAAGAUAA